UUGAAAACUGAUGGGCAUGAAUUCGGGAUUCCAUGCUAUGAAGUCCUCUUUCCCAUAGAAAUAUCUCUGUCUGUCUUCAAUCUUUGCUAUUAUUUUGAUUAUGAUACAGAACACCCGAUGUUCAUGAGAUUUGAAUCUGUUCUGUCCCCCCACGAGAAUACGGAGUAGUCGUUGAUGAAUUGCAGCCCACAUCAUAAGUACAGAGCGCAGAGGAGAUUGAUUUGUCCUCUGCAUAACUAAAACCACCACUCCUUCAGUUUCAGCGGUUAUUGCAUAUUAUAUGCAGAAAUACACACCUAUAACCAUCCCCCGCUAACCUGUACUUGUCCCAAUGAACCGGCACCUUUGCAUUCAUAACUUAUCACUCGACAGAUGCUUGGAAAAUGACUUCAACGACACCACAACCGUCGCGCCCAACCACGAACCCUCCGUCCACAGUGCUUCCACCUCUACCCACAGGCAAACUAAAAAGGAGCACGCCAGGACCCGCCGAUGCGAGAAUUCCUGCCACCCAUGCAUCCUCUACUAAAUUGCGCACUCCUUCGGCCGUGAAGACAGCUGCAAAAUCUACUAUCCCGUCGCCUACCUUCAAUAGUAAUAAUGCUACAGGAAGAUCGCCGUCUAUGGGUCAUAUAUCAAACAGUCCCGAGAGAGCGGUACGACGAGCUGCUAGUGUCGCUGCAUUCCCACAUCCUUCCAAAAUGGCUAGUCGUGCAUCGCUCAUUUCCAGUUCUUCGUCUCUUUACAAUUUGCCGACCGCCAAUUCUCGUCCUUUAGAUUCUAGUACCCCAUCGGGUGGCUUAAAAUCCAAAAAGCCCCAUAGAAUCCAUACAGGAAUUACGAACAACCCCAAUAGUUCUGGAGUUACGGCUUUUCAGGAUAGCAGCGGAGAAGACAGUUCGACUCAAACAGGCCGAAGUACAGAAAUCCGCUCUUCUACGCUCCAAUCGCCGACACCGAGCCGGAGCUCUUCAGCACAGGGAUCAACCUAUUCUACUAGUGCCACUACUUUUGACGAUUGCGAUGACAACGGUCGAAGGAGAAGGGAAGAGCCUACCGCACAACCUGGCACAAGCAAACGCGGAUCAAAAAUGAAGGAAGGAAAAGGCAAUGUGAUCGUUAGUGUCAGAGUUCGUCCUGAUUCCACAAACAAUGAUAGCAGCAAAACGGAAGUCGAGUGGCUAGUGGACGGGAGGAGAUCUUUGGUGUCCUAUCGUGGGAAAGAAGGGGGGGACUAUUUCUAUGAUAAUGUUUUUGCGACCCAUGAUACCAACGCUAAGGUUUACGAUGCAUGCGCAAAGCGACUUGUUCGUCGCGUUAUGGAGGGUUACCAUGGAACCGUCUUUGCGUACGGAAUGACGGGUACUGGUAAAACAUUUUCAAUGCAAGGUACAGCCACAUCACCCGGAGUCAUACCCUUAGCAAUCACCGAUAUUUUCUCCUACAUUCGUGAGACCCCUCAUCGCGAAUUCCUCUUGCGAGUGAGCUAUUUGGAAAUUUAUAACGAGAAAAUUCAUGAUCUUCUCUCUACCCCAGCGUCCGCCGGCAUAGGACCGGGCCCAGGGCAACAAGAAGAAAUCAAGCUGCGAGAAGAUAGCAAGCGAGGUGUAUAUGCGACACCCUUGAAAGAAGAAAUAGUUCAGAGUCCGACGCAGCUACUCAGGGUGAUUGCCAGGGGAGACCAUGCCAGGAGGACCGGAAGUACCCAGUUUAACGCCCGUAGUUCACGAAGUCAUGCCGUGGUUCAAAUUGUGGUUGAAAGUCGAGAACGAGGCGCAGCCUCUACCCCGGGCCAUGAAAGGCGCACGGGUCUAGUGCCGGGAGGUGUACGGGUCUCAACGCUCAGCUUGAUCGAUUUGGCCGGCUCCGAGCGUGCAGCUGAAAACAAGGAGAGAAGAACUGAAGGCGCUCACAUUAAUAAAAGUUUACUCACUCUCGGUACGGUUAUUGCGAGGUUGUCUGGUGACAAGGAUAAAGCGACAAGCCACUCGGAUCGCGAUGGAAAGCAUCUCCCAUACCGAGACAGCAAGCUUACGCGAUUGUUGCAACCCGCUCUGUCGGGAAAUUCAUUGGUCAGUAUUCUCUGUACGAUCCAAAUAGGAUCAACAGGAGGUAAUACAGCUGCCAAUACACACACGAAUGAAACAUUAAACACAUUAAAAUUUGCUGCCAGGGCAAAAAACAAUAUUGUGAGCCAUGCAAAGCGUGCGGAAGAGGCUCAUGCCGGUGUAUCGGGAGAUGCAGGUAGUCGUGUUCUCCUAGAACGAUAUCGGAUGGAAAUUCAGGCACUUCGGGCACAGCUCGAGAAACAGGGCAAGUCACACGCUGAACAAGAAUCAAGGCUGGAAGAAGAACGAUUCGAGAAAGAAGCGGAAACACGUCACGAGGAGCAGAUGCUAGAAAUGCAACUUGCCAGGACGGCGUUGAAGGAACGCAUCGAACAUCUCAAUCGCUUGAUUCUGUGCUCAAAGUCUACAGGUGUGAAUGCCAGUGGAAACUUUUCCUUAACGGGGCUUCAACUACGUGGCUUUGAUUUAAAAUCUCUACGUUCAUCGGGGUCGCAUUCGGCUUUGGGUGGUUUGCAGCUACAUCGAUCACGGUCAACAACGUCCGUCAAGAGUGGCAGCGGAGCGCCACACGAUCAAGGUCCGUCGUUCGGAAGUGGUGAUUAUGAAGAGGACACUAUUGGAGAGUUUGCAGACGGUACCGCCAGCCUGCAGGCACAAAUCAAUGCACUGCAAGCAGACCUAGCAGAUAAAAACCGCUACAUAUCCACCUUAGAACGAAGGCUACUACAAGCACGGCGUUCAAGUCAUUCUCGAAUGUCCGUAGGCCUGUCUCAGCUCAAAGCCGGGGGAUCAUCGCCUUGUGAUCCUGAGAUUGCAGCGUUACUCCGUGAGAAAGACAUGGAGAUCGCAGAUUUACGUCUUCAAUUGGACGAUAAGGAUAGAAUGGUGGCCGCGCUUCGCUCUGCCGCACGCCAGCGUGAAAUAGCGCAAUUAGCAGCGGAGUCCCUACCUCCUGAUCCUCCUAAACCGCCAUCCAUCCCCCUGCGUGGACAUCGGCCGAACCACUUAAGCUUCGAGAGCACCAGCAGCCCAAUUAUGGGCCCUGCUCCCGCACCUGCAGGUAGCCCUGUAAACCUUCUGUCUCCAACGAAAAUAGUGGAAAAGGAUAGAGACAAGAAAAGACGAAGUGUGGACGAAAUGUCCCGAAUGCUUGACGAGAUGAUUCAAGACCGAGUGGAGAGUGGGCAUUUGGUCAAGGGCAUGAGAGGAAGCGUCCGCUUGGCCAGCGGACUACGAAAGGAGACAUCGUUAGAAGCAACAAGCCCGUCCCCCACCAAUGCCCCUCCCAUGUUUGAAAGAAUAGCAGCUCCACUUCAGGAAGUUGCAGAUGCCGCUUUGUCAUGAAUAACGACCACUUGAACCGCCUGAUGAUGAAUACUUCUUUUGUUUUAUCGUGAUGACUUAUCAACCCUUUAUUUUUAUUUUUUGCAGUUCUUGACAGUUAUGUUUGUUCCUUCUUGUUUGUGAAUUUGUGAUACCCAUUCAAUUAAUCUGCUUGAUGUAUAUAGUUUGACUCGAGACUUUGGAUUAUUUACCAGAUGGUUAUCACCUGUUCUACCCUAGAUACGCAACAUUACCCAGACCACCUUUGUUUCAAAACUCCUCUUUUUUUGAUGAUUCUUGCUUCUGGCCGUUAUCAGGGAUAUCUCUGCUUGUCUUGAUACAAUCCUCCAGCCUCAAGACUGGUUAACUACCCUACAUUUCAAGCUUUUGAGCAGUUAUAAUACACUCCUG